UUUCAGCUGGUUAAACUUAGAAAUGAAAGUUCGCCUGCUGCCUUAAAAAUGUGAGUGAACUCAACUAUACUUAACUCACCUUGAAGAUAACCUUUGUUUCAACUCACAAAUAGUGACAGUGGAUUAAACUUAAAGUAACCGAUUGUCUUGACUAUUUGUGAGUUGAAACAAAGGUUUUCAAGUUGAGUUCACUCACAUUUUUAUGCCAGCAGAUGAGCUUUCAUUUCUAAGUUUAACCAGCUGAAAAUGUUUUAGCUAUUUGACUUGGUUAAUAUUAUCGGUAACACUUUACAAUAAGGUUAAUUAGUUAAACAUUAGUUAAUGUAACAUGAACUAACCAUGAGCAAUACAUUUGUUACUGUAUUUUCUACUCUUCGUGAACGUUAGUUAAUGAAAAUACAGUUGUUCAUUGUUUGUUCAUGUUAGUUCACAGUGCAUUAACUAAUGUUAACAAAAUUUUAAUAAUGUAUUAGUAAAUGUUGAAAUUAACAUUAACAAAGAUUAAUAAAUGCUAUAUAAGUCCAGUUCAUUAUUAGUUCGUUAACUAAUGUAGUUAACUAAUGAACCUUAUUGUAAAGUGUUACCAUAUUAUCCAAUAUCCUGUGCGGUCUAUGUGACGUCAGUAAGAAAUAAAGUUUCUGAAAAAGAGCAAAGAUUGUCAAGAUAAACAAUUUUAGUAUUUGGAAGAACGUGCACUAAUAAAUGCUACUGAAUUAAAGUAAAUGGGGUCAGUUUUUGACCUUUUGACUAAUCGGCUGUUCAGUCUGCGGUAGUAAAAAUAAAUAAAACUGUGACAGAAUACAGUGAUAAAAUGUGGAGAAUUUUACAGCCUAAUAUAUUAUUUUGUAACACCUUACUGCUUUCUCGUUUGGUGAUUGUAGUUGGAUUGUCCUUAUCCUAGGCUUCCAUGUGUUCAAGGGGAGAGAAAGAGAAGGACAGAAAAAGGGAGGAGAUGGAGAGAGAGGAGGGAAAUGUCCUUGUGCAAUUAUCCUGAUUUUUUAGGAAAACCCACAUGGCCAGAAGCUUCCAUAAGCCUUUGAGAACCAACACAGGCAGCUGUUUUCCUGUCUUUAUUUAUUUUGACUACCUGUAGCUUGAAGUGACGGUGUAAAAGUGCAUCAGAGAACGGAAGUAACACAAGCAGUCUUUAGAGGAAGCAUGUCACUCUCUUUGCGCUUUGUCUGUUUGCUCCUGACUGCUCUCUGGGGCAGCGUUUGCUUCGCCAAGCCUGCCCCGUUCAACGUUUCCAUGGAGGGCAGCGGGGACGAACCCGAACUCAUCUUCCCCAUUGCUCGUACCACUCACAUUCCCCCAUCACCCUCGCCAUCUCCCAACAUAACGGCCACGUUCAUUCGCAUCAAAGACUUCAUCUUCAACCAGGUGGUGGACUUCCUGAAGGAGAACUUGCUCCUCAUCAUUGUCGUGACCUCUCUGUUGGUAGUUAUCAUUUUCAUCGUCUGCUGUGCUUCAGCAAUGAGCCACAAACGCAAGCUCGAGGCCUACUAUCCUCCGAAGACCUACGCACCCAGGAAAUACAUGAGCCAACCUAGUAAAGCAACGGAAAAACCUCAUAACCAGGUCCAGGAUGGCAAGACAACUGCUGCAAAGACCCUACGAGAACCUACUAAAGCAUUGGUGGGGGAGAAGGAAGGAAAAGACCCCCGGCCCAAGCCGAAAGAGGUCCAAAAGGUGGAGGAUGUUGAAGAGGUGGAGAUGCAGAAAGAUGAGCCCAAGAAGAAAGAGGAGCCUCAGCCAACCACCUCAAAUGCCACCUCCAGUCAGCCAGUGGUCUGUACGUGUCACCUCAGAAAGGCCAAUCACAGCACAGCGUGAGAGCUUUUUCUUUAAUGGGCUUUGAUGGGAUUUCAAACUUUUUAUUUUACUGUUAUGAAUCUUUAGGUAGAUAUGGUGCCCUCUUUCUCGUUGGUUUGCAACCUGUGUAUGUUCCAAAUGUAUGUACUAUAAGAGGAAGAGUGGAAAAAAAUUGUUUGUUUAAUUUUGUCUCUUUAAAAAUGAUUUUGCUUAAAAAGAAAAACAACAACAAUAACUAAUUGACAGUUUACAAUUCAUAUGAAAAAUAAAAUGGUGUACACAGCAAACUUGAAAUUAUUUUGUGAAUCGCUAUCUAGUUUUGAGAUAUUUGUGAAAAUGUCUUUUCAAACUUUCUUUUUCCUUUUGAGUUAUAUUUUACAAAUGAAAUGCCUAUAUGCAUGGUAACCCAUAAUUUAUGCUGUAUUUUCUGAAGAUGUUGUCAGGUUUUGUACAUGACUGUUAUUUUAUCUAAAAUUCAUGACUUUCCUCAGUAUUGAAUUUAAUUAGUUACAUUUUUGUCAGGAAUGUGUAAAUGAUUUUGUCAUUAAGUAAAAUAAACUCUCCAAACAUUUACUCCCCUGCUCUGUUUCAAAUAAAUAAAUAGUUUCAAA